GGCCUUGUGUAUUGUUAACAGUUGCCGCAUCUAAUAGCUGUAACUUACUACUCUAACUAGUGCCGCUGUUACAGUUGCCAGUACUUUUUGUAGUACUAAAUAACGUGUGCUGAUAAUUGAUACUCCCUUCGCCUCUUUCCCCCGGGUUGGUGCUGGUGCCGUGUUAAAAGCGAGAAGAAAGUUCAUUCAACAUUCAUUUCAUCAUGUCAGCAUCAGCAUCAUCGUCAUCAUCACGAUUGGCCCAUCGCUCGCUUGCUCCAUUCCUAUGACACCGCCACCUGUGACUGAGGCGCCCGCCUUCAGCCGUGCCUUCAGCCAGCGAGGGAGCGAAACACAGCGAACCAGAGAGAGGUAGCAGCGAUUCUGUACUCUCGGUCACCGCUAGUCAGAUCAGCAUCGCCGCGCCAGUAUCUCCGAUCCGUGAGGGCUAGGUUGCAGGAAAGCGUGCCCAUGGGUCCAACCAAAGUAUAUUUAUAGCAUCGUCGCCGACAGCAGCUGGAAUUUACAAGCAGGUGGUGCGAUUUAGGGGUUGAUCGAAGUGGUUGACUGAAUAGAUUUCUCGGAAACAUCGUGUUAGCGUUUCUACCGAGAAUGUUAUAGAUCAAAUCUUCUCUGGUGUUAUAUUGUGAAGGUGUCCUGCUCUCCUAAAAAAAUAAAAAACAUUGAUUUUCUCCGUUGACCAAAGCAAAUUUGUAAAAUGCAAUUAAACAACACUUGGUGAUUAGAUUAACAGUUAGAUUUUUGAGCCUGGUGCAAGAUAGUGGAGUUUUCGUAAGUGUAUCCGACAAGCGCCAAAAUGCCCCCUUCACCUACAGUACAGAUAAUCAUCCGUAAGGCGGACGAUACGAGUUGUGAGCUACCUGAAGUUCAGCAUGAGGUGCAGGAAUACCUUCAGCAAACUAAAGACAAAGAUCUAGUCCAGCAGCUGGUAUUAUUGUACCUGCGAUCUCGUUCAUUUCGUGUGCUCGUCCUACUAACGGGCCUGAGGGAUCCUCAUCACAAAUGGUUCUUUGAAAGGUGUUCAGAGCACCUUCGUUCGGGGGAUGCGUCGGUUAGAACUGCGGCGUUGAAAAUGUUGCUAUGCGUUGUACAAGCAGACCCACCUUGGCUGCACGACAUUCAUCAGAAAAUUGUUCGGGAGAUGCUGUACGUCGUUAAGGAAAGCAGGGAGGGCGGCGAGGUGACUACUUGUUUUAUCGCUAUCGUGAUAAUGGCUUCUCUCUUACCACUCGUACCCGGAGCAUUCGAUAAAAAAGGCCUAGAAAAUAUGUUUUCGGCAUUUUCUAUGGCAGCUGAUAUGUGCGUACGGAAGAAGCAAACGAUGGCUGAGCUCAAUAGACAGCAUCUUUGCAGCGGAUUAUUCACUUUCUAUAAGGUUUUAUAUUCGAUGUUCCCGUGUAAUUUUCUCGCGUUCCUUCGGAAUACUUACGGCAGUUCCAACAGUACUCAAAACAAGCCCGCUUGGAUUGAGAUCAUCUGGCCCAUGAUGAAGCGAACCUAUUUUCAUCCGUUUCUCGUACAAUAUAACGUUGAGAGCGAAACUCAUAAAGACCGAUGGAAGGGUCAACAGAAGCAUGACAUUAUAGGGGACUGUCAGAAUUACUUUGCCGAGCAGCAACAGCAACAACAGCAACAGCAACUGCAACUGCGAGCUCUUCAGGAGCAUCAAAGGGAUCACGGUGUUAUAGGACCAAGUCGCCCAAAGUUGCCCGCCAGUAAACCAUGUAGCAUUCCUAAGAGAGCUAAAGAUUUUGUCGGGGACAUACCGGCGUCGGACGGAGUAUUGGGUAAAACCCCUCACCUGCUGGACGUGAUGUCAGCGCAUCCCCCAAGCGAUGUGUCGAGUAGCCUUGGCAGUGUGGAUAUUGCAGAAGAGGCUAUUGCAGAAGAGCCGUUGCCAAAAGAAGUAGGCGAAAUUGCCAUUGGCACAAGCGGAACUGGUACUCCCCAAAAAGGUACACCGCAGAAACGGAGAAGGUCGUCGGCGAAUUUGCCUUCUAUUCCAUCGGAGGGAUUGGAGGAAGAGAGUAAACCACAGGGUGGAGGCUUCGGCGGUAUUAACGCAGGGGGUGAUUCAGCCGUUAUGGAUGAGGAUCGCUCUGGUGACAGGGGUUUCUGCUUGACAACUCAGCGACUAACACAAGAACCUACGAAUAGCAUAUCAGAGCAUGCUGAGAAUCAGGAUGAUCCCCCAGCGCACAGUGAGAUGGAAAGCCUGCUAGCGCGACAGCGGUAUCUAUCCCAGUGUCAGGCUUCUCCGCCAGGUGUAGGCAGUGGUAGCCCUCAAGGCCUUGGACUCACUGGGCGACUCACCCGGUCAAUGUCAUGUCCUUCUACCCCUCAACUUAGCCAACAAGCUGAUGAUUCCGGAUCCCUUUCAGAAGCCACAAGCAGCAGUAACGAAGACCUCAGUUCCAAAUGUCUUUCAUUGAGUCUUUGGCCGCACAGUCCGGAACCAAGAAAAAACAAAGAUCCGGAUGCCCUGGAUGAAAAAAGUCCGGCGGAGAUUCUCGAGGAGCAUAUGCGGGCAUGUGCCGGCCAGGUGCUACGAGAGAUGGAACUCCAACAACAACAACAAAGUGGUACUGGUUCGCAAACAGGACCGCAAGGGGGUGCCGCAGGGGCCAUGUCACGUAGUUUUGAGAGGGAACAAUGCGGUGCAAAGGAUCAUCAGCCAACCGUGGCUGAAUUACAAAAGGAGCUGACAUUCACCAGGGCCCAUGCCACGAUGCUCUACGUCGAAUUGCUUUACGAUAGACACCGAAAGGACAUCCACAUUGAACGGAAUCGAAGACUUCUUGAGAAGGCCAAAAGGAUAAUACAACUUGAGGAGCAAAAUGCUGCCAUGUCCGGACAGGUUCGUGAAGUUCACAAAGAAUUAAAACUGAAGACAGCUAAGAUCUUAGAAUUACAGCGGAGCUUGGAUGAAAAAGAUCGUAGUAUGGAGUUAGAAGUAAAGGUACUUUUAGAUCGGGCUCGCAGACAGGAAGAAGAAAGCAAACGGAUAAUGGCCGAAAAUAACGAAAUGGCCACAACGAACGCUCUAAACAAAGCACAGCUUGACGAAGCCAACACUAAAGUGAAUCAUCUGGGUGCGAAGCUACACGAAUCACAGCUGAACCUCGAAAGUUUGCGAAUAAAGGCCGAGGAAUUAGCCAUAUAUCGAGACAAAUGUGCUCGUUUAGAACAAGAGCUGAUUGUACUGCACGAAAUGUACAGGAGGUUGGAAGAAAUCAACCGAAGGGGCACACAUGAUGUCUCCCACGUUCAUAGCAAAGAAGAACUCACCAAAGAGCUUAAAAAUUGUCGAUCACGCAUGGACUAUCGAAAACAGGAAGUGGAUGCUGCCAAUGAUCGGCAGAAGGCUCUUAGUGCACGUGCCGAAGAGGCCGAAAAAGCACUAGCCGAAGCGCGAAGAACACUUAUACGAACUGAGGUCAAUGCGGCCGAGCAGAUUCGAGCUAAAGAUGAGCGAAUUGCAGCUCUACGCAAAAGUCACGAAAAUUUAACAAGCGUGAUCCUCCGUCUGCAUGGUCAAGUCGACGAGCACAAUGCUAUUCAGCGCCAGAAUGAACUACAGCAGCAUCAACAGCAGGUACAACAGCUUCAGGAACAUGAGGAACAAGAGCAUCCGUACCAGUGCGAUGCUUCACAAGAACGGUUUCAAUCAUGCGCCUUAGCAGCAACAGACAUCAAACGCGCGGCCUUUUUCGCAGCAGUUCCGGCAACGUGGAUUGAGGACAUCACGAGGCAAAAAAUGAGUUUCGGAGAUUUGAAGACUGACGAUGGCCUUAGGAAACUUAAUGACCACCUGGAAAAUGCCAGCUAUAUUUCGGGUUACGUUCCAACACAGGCUGAUAUGGCGACGAUAGAUCAGAUUGGAUCUAAUCCGUCCGCUGCGAAGUUCCCUCACGCAUCCCGGUGGUACACGCACAUUAGCUCAUAUUCAGCAACCGAGCGCAAGGCCUGGCCCGCUGCUAAAGCCGGCGAUACUGCAGCAGCAGCGAAGGUUGUCCCAACAACAGUUGCUGCUGGUGAUGAUGAUGAUGAUAUGGAUUUAUUUGGAUCGGACGAUGAGGUUGAUGCCGAAGCCGAACGAGUGCGUGAACAACGCUUAAAGGCUUACGCCGAAAAGAAAUCAAAAAAGCCUGGCCCCAUUGCAAAAUCCAACGUCAUACUCGACGUCAAACCCUGGGACGAUGAAACCGAUAUGAAGGCACUCGAAGCCGCUGUACGUUCAAUCACGAUGGACGGUCUGGUGUGGGGCAUUUCAAAGCUUAUGGCUGUCGGCUAUGGUAUUAACAAGCUUCAGAUUGUUUGUGUCGUCGAGGACGACAAAGUAUCGAUCGAAGAGCUUAGCGAAAAAAUCCAAGAGUUCGAGGACUACGUCCAGUCGGUGGACGUGGCCGCCUUCCAGAAAAUCUAAGUUAUAUGGAGCUAGUAUAUUACUACCAAUAGCGGCAGCUUUUAAACGGCCAGGUUUCGUAAUUGCAAUCAGCUUGCCAACAUUUCUUCCUGCUUCCCUCUUUGAUGUGGUCGAAUUUAAUGAUAUUGCUCUUAAUCAUAUUGCUGCUGCUGUUGACCUAUUGACCACAAUCAAACUCGUGAGGGAGUUGGAAUAACUCGCUCAACUUUUGGUGACGUGGCCAUGAUAGUGCAGCAACUGAAGUAGUGAUAAAGAAUAAAUCGUCUGUUUGCGGCGUGCAGCUACCGACACUAAGUCGGGCGGGUUUAUAAUAAAAAGGGCUGAUGACUAUUAAAUGC